GCAGCACCUUACGCUACCCUUAUGGGUGGCUGGGAGCAGCAUUUGAAAUUGUUAGAUUGUAUCCGUAUCACUUUAUAACUUUAAACACUCGUAUCAUAAUUAAAUAAUUUAUUAAUUCUGAAAGUAGUUCUCUUCAUGAUAUAACUAGUAAAUAUUUUUUUUGCUAACCUUUUUUGGUCAUUUUUUCUGAUAUGUCUAUUAAAUCAUGUAGUUGAAACAAGUUUUAUACCAUUUUUAUAAUGCUGAUGUAAGAGGGCCUGUAGCCCAGUUCGAUAUUCUUAUUUAUGGUAUUCACGCAAAUUAGGUAUUGUGUUCUCAUUUGCUAAGAACAUUGUUAAAGCACGCAAUUUUAUUUUCCCUACGUACCAAGCAUUAAGAAAUGGUAUUGAAAAUUGAAAAAGAUGGGCAAGAGAACGGAAGUAUUUUUUAAAUUAUUAGGAGAACGAAUAAAAAUACUGUAACAAAGAACUAGUUGGGUUAAUAGUCCACAAGCCGUCAUACUUUUUUUUUUAUUAAAAACAUGUUGACUGGGUGAUUUUAAAAUUGUGAUUAAUAACAGUAAUUUUUUUAGAUAAAUCUUAAGAUAACGUCACACAAACGUCGAAAAAACGUUUUUCCUACAAAGUGAAUGGUUUCAUCGAAGCAUCCCCCACUCCCAAUAUGUCAAAAUAAGAAGUUUAUAAAAAAUAAUUAAUAACCUGCUGAUUUUUUUCAGUUACUUUUUUCCCAGUCAUACACUCGUAAAUGGUCAAUUCCACGUUAAUACUUUUUUUAUUAAUAUCUGUAGAACAAAGAUGGCACAUGUUAGGUUACUGUAUUCUUUUCAAAAAUAAAACAGUGUCCUACAAAAAAUGGGUAUGUAUCGCUAGUCCGACAAGAAAUAUUUUAAAUAACAAAUUGCUCUAUAAUUGCGGUUUUGCUAAUGUAAGUGCUUAAAAUAAAAUUGUAAAUUUGAAAAAAUAGAUUCUUUGUUUAUUGCAUUUUCCCAAAGUACAAUAUUGCAAAAAUAUUGUGUAAAUAUUUCAAAAAUAUACGAGCAACAAAGAUUCUAGGAAAUUUUCUGUCAACUGCCGCCGUUUUGUUAUUUUGCAAAAUAAAAAAUAAUCCGCUUUGUCACUUGAAAGCUACGGCCAUACUAAUAAAUAAAAUGUCUGAUUCAUUGGUUUCAAAUUACACGGAAUGGAGAUAUUGUGCGUGUCGUGGACAUGGCUUUUUUUAGCCGUUUCGGCGUAUCCAUAUCUCUGGGCAUUCGGCGUCCAUGGACAAUCCCUCGAGAAAAAAUGAAAUUCGAUCAUCUCACGACCUGCGUUAAAAAUACCUUUCACCCAGAUAUUCAUAUUCCAGGAACCGAUCACCCAGGUAUUCUCAAUCCAGAAGCCAAUCACCUACACAUUCCCGGUCCAGGAGCCGCUCUCAUACACGCCGACACAGACGAGAUAUUCGGGUACGAAGCCCGAGAAGACCGACCCAUCGAUACAGGCUAGAUACUCCAGAAUGACGCACGAGAGGAUCGGCUGAGUAUGGCCUUGCCGAUCACGACCCGCGAGGCGUGACGGGUCAAAGUUUUCGCCAAAAAACUAGCCCUCCAAAAGACAGACGAGAUUUGUCCCAGUCACCAAAAUAUAGGGGUCGCUCAUCAAGCCAAUCUUCAGACCAUGAUGUUUCUUCUUCUGGAGAAUUUUCAAAACUAGGAGGUGAUAACCAACUCAAAACGGAAAUCCUAAAAAUAAUCGGCGAAGAUUCAUAAAAUACGGACAUUCCUGGAGGAAGUGUUCAGAAUGUUUUAAGUCAAAAUUGGUCUGAAAUUUUAACGAAGGGCGUACCAAAUGAAAAUGAUUGAAGAUCUAAUAAAGAAGUAUCCUCCGCCUGAAAAUUUCAAAUCACUUAAGACUCCAACUUUAAAUCCAGAGGUGAGGUACACUAUGUCUGAUGCUUUUCGUACUGAAGAUUCUUUCCAGGUGACAGCCCAGCCCAAAGUUUGUGCGGCCAUAUUGGAUAAUAGUUUGGCCUUGACAAAUUGUUUAAUGAUGGAUCUGAGGUUGAUCCCCUUCUUGUGACAUAUAUAAGCGAUUCAGCAAGGUUAAUGACUGAUGUCCAUUAUAACAUUUCUAUUACAAAACGGGCGUUUAUUCCGCCAAACGUGAAUCAUUUAGUAGAAGAUGUGGUCUCAAAUUUACCGAUAGAAUCCCAACUUUUUGGGGAAAAACUGACUGAUCGCAUAAAAGCUGCUGAAGACAUCCAGAAGCAGAGUAAAUCUAUCGCCAAGAAACGAACUUCAAGUAACAGAAGUAGUUUUCCUGCCAGCAGAGGCGGAAUAGGGCAGCAGAGAUUGCUACGACCGAAUAAUCAGGCCUUCUUUCAAACAAACCAAUUCAUUAAACUACAAAGGUCCAUCCGGAGGGAAUCACAGGAGCUUCAGAUAUGGGCAGAAUUUCAAAGCUCAAAUGAAUCAACCUCGCUAUUGAACGGAAAUCCAUCCCUUAGCCUCCAACUUUAUCCCGGUGGCCGGCAGACUAUCUGGAAGGCUUUUCAAAGGAAAGGAGUCUAGGAAUCGAGAUUUUCUAGCUUGAUAGCAUCUUUAUCUCAGAUGACAAUUAAAAAAUAUAACAAACCUCUUCGAUUGUGGUGGCAAUAUUGUGCUAAAAGCAAAAUAUCAGUGUUUGAUGCCAAUUCUAAACAUGUGCUUGUAUUUCUAGUACAAGUUGUUGAUCAAAACGUCUAAGGUAAGUAAAUUGCAACCGUGUUUGAUUAAACCUUUUUUUCGAAGAGCAGCCAGAUUAUGCGUGAUUCAAAUUUAAAAAAUAAAAAUUGUAAAAUUGCAAAUACGUUUUCUUUAAACAUCUAGGUAAUCAUCUAGAAGAACGAGACGACAAAAUAUAAUUAACCGAUUAAACGAACUUACCUGUAAGUGAAGUUAAAUCGGGAUUAUAUGAGUCGUCUCGUUCGAAUGGAUCACUCCUACCCUCACCCAUUUUACUUUCAUUGAUAAAAUAGAACCCGCAGUAUGUCGCAAUUUUUAUUACUUGAAAAUUAAUGAUGUAUCGCCGCAGGAGGGACAGGGAGUCACCGUGUAAGAUGAAAGUCGCGGGCCGCCAUUUAAUUUAAAAAGUACUGCCCUUGAAUGGACAAUUUACGAGUGUAGGACUGGGGAAAAGUACCACUUCAUUUGUCGGACAAUGUGACCAUGAAAUUCUCUAAAUUUUUAAUGAGGCAACUGAAAAAAAAUCAGCGGUUAUUAAUUAUUUUUUAUAAACUCGUUAUUUUGACAUAUUUGGAGUGGUUGGCGCUUCGAUCAAACGAUGCAUUUUGUAGGACAAACGUUUUUUCGACGUUUGUGUGAGAGUCAACAUGUUUUACGCAUGCGCACUUUAUUAGUUCCCACUAUCGAGAAAUUUCGCAGAGAGAGAAGUUCGAUGUCUUAUCAAAACGAAGCUACUCACGAAGAUUCAGCCGGUUAUUAAUUUUUAAAGAGUGGCGGCUUGUGGGCUAUCAGUUCGACGAAACGUUAUUACCUGCGUAGUCUGACUUCUGCUGUUAGACCAGGGGUCUCCACAAUCCACGAGUGCAGCAUGACCUAGGAUCGCUCGGCCUUUUUCAAGAUCUACCAAGUAUUUUUGGACGGGAAACUGAGAGGAAAAUUAUGACCCCUCUAAACAAAAUCCCAGUUGGAAGGGCUCGGAGAACCCUUUUUCUGCUAUAACUUGAAAGGCCUUGAAGUACAACCGGGUGGCCACAUGUCAGGGAAAUGUCAGGGGAAAAAAUUUUCUAACGUAAAUGAAGUAACUGCCACGGAAAAUAGAAAUGAAUAUGUUUUAAUAUUAUUUUGAAAGCACUUUCUAAUAUCAAUAUAAAUAUUUGUCAAUGUGCAUGCGUUUAAAAGAGAAUUCGAUUCUUAGUUUUUUAUAUGUAGUUAUUUAUUUAUUGAUGGUUUAGAUACAGGCCCUUUACUUAAUUAAUCCAUACCGCGAGGCAAAUCGCAUUUUUCUGGCUUGUUUCAAUAUUUUACAAAGUAUUUUAUUUAAAGUAU